AUGUGUUGCGGAAACGCUAGCUGGAAGCGUGAGGAGGUCCCAGAUCACAAGUUCGACUUCAUCGACGUUCGUGACUUUCGCAAUAAUGGCUGCUUUCAGCAACUCAAGUAUGCUUUCCUUUUUAUCAUGGUCGUCAAGUCCUUGGCAGUAUACGUCGCCGACAUCUACACGGCCGUCACAUUGCUUGCUUUCGGUCACUUUAGCGGCAGUCUUUACGACAAAGUCCAAAACGAUCCCCAGAACAACUUUCGCGUCCCGAUCUCCUACGGUCGUUGGAUCUUUACUGGCUGUAUCAUCUUUUCCUUCCUUCUACUUGCUUACGAAGCACACAAGUCCAGAGCGAUCGUAAAAAGCCGCGACAUCAGUUACGCCUUCACCAAUGUCAUGGCCAACAACUACUACUCUCUGCGAAGCUACGAUCACUUUUGCUUCUUCGACCACAUCAAUGACAGCAAGAAGAAGAAGGACGAGCUUGCUUUCUUCAUCUUCUUCACUUUCAAAGGUUGGAAGCGUUUGCUCGUCGCCGACGGUCCUCGUCAGGUGAUCAACUUUUUCACGCUCUACGGUCUUGGCUCGUUUGCCAAAUGGAGCACAAACCCCUACGACUACUAUGACGGUAACAUCUUCACAGGCAUCAUGAUUCUGUCCAUGCUUUUUACUGUGGCAGUCUUUGCCGGUUCCAUCAUUUUGCUCAUUAUCGCUGCCGUUGCGUAUAUACCGCUACUGUGCUACAUCAAGGGCAACCUCAAGGAAUACUGCUGUCACAAGGUCGACAAGCGUGUCACCGAACUCGUCCAACGCAAGAAGAAGCAACGUUUAGCUAAAAUCUCAGAGAUUGCUCGCAGGGAAGCUGCCGGCGACUUUUCGCAUCUCAUGAACAAAAAGGGUCAGAUGAUCGGUACUGCCAUCCCUCAACCCACGUUGCCGACUGUUGACGUCGAUCUUCUCAAUGAUGAGAAGCCAGGCAAACCAGGACCUUUGCAGCGAAACAACAGUGUUGGAAGCUCUACUGCCGUACACGGCAACGGCGGUGGAUACUAUGGCAACGGCGCUCCAGGCUACAAGUCCCCCGGCUUUGGCCCAUCGCACUUCUAUGGCGUCAAUGCGCCAUCGACGCAUAGUCUUGGCGGCUACAAUGACAAGGAAUAUGCCAGCACGGCCAACUUGGUCCACAACGCUGGACCUGCCGGGGCCGAGUAUGGUGGCAUGCCACCCGCAACUUUUGACGCUAUGGCAGAUCGCAUGGGCCCCAUCGGAACAAGUCCGAUGCUCUUCGCGCAGCGUGUUGGCGGUGGUGAUGGACAAGGCAGGAUCUCACCUGCGCCACCACAAUCGCAAACGGGUGAUCCAUACAACUUGCAAAGGUCAGGCUCUCGAACGCUGCUGGACGGUAGCAACGGAGGCAUGCCACAUCAUAUGGGUGGGCCUGGUGAGGCAUACGAGAUGAACUCGGGCUAUGGAAGGCAAAGUCCCUACCCACAGACAGAUAGAGGUUCGCCAAGUCAGCCCAGAGACUCGCCUUACGCCGCGCGAGGUCUCGACUACCCACCGCCUCAAAAUACUCACGGCGUUGAUGGCCUCGACUACCCACCACCCGAUGUUUCGUCGUACGUGCCAUACGAUGGACAUGGUACACACGAGCAGUUCCCGCCAGCAGUGGAGGUGUCCGUGGCAUCGUCAAGCACGGCUGAUUCGGGUGCGAACAGCCAUCUUGCGGCUGGGUACGGAACGGAUGGUUUCGGCCGAGAGCUGCAUCCUAAUCGAUACAGCAACAGCAAUGGUGGUGUCAGAUCAGGAGCCAACUCAUCUUCACACAGCCCGACCACCAGUGUUGGUGGUCUAGAUGACGUGUACGAUGCCUACCUCAACUCGCAUAACCACUCGCCCAUCAUCAACCCAGACCAGCGCCAUAGUGUCAACAGCUACAUGAUGAGUGACUACCCUGCUGACGGCCACGCAGAUCAUUAUCAACAGCAGUACCACGGCGAAGAUCAGAGGGGCUACGAUCAGCAUCACGGCUACAGCAAUGAGCCGCACCAUCAGCAGCAGCACCAACAGCAGCAAUCCCACGACGAUUAUGCUGGGCAAUGGCCGCGCCAGGACGAGGCACAAGGUUACAAUGUCGACGAAUAUAAUCAGCACGGUCAGCAAGACUCGUACCGCCAAGCACACGGUCAGGGCUACUAG